CAUGCAUCCACUGUGAGGAAGUGUUUGGCAUCGUGGGAGAAAAUUUUACUUUUCCAGUAAAAAUAGACCAAAAAAUUUCAGAAAUUAUUUGGACGAAAAACAAGGAUAAAGUGGCUGAAUGGGAAGGGCAAGACAAACCGAUAUAUUUUACUUCUCUCCGUAACAGAGGCUUGCUUAACAUGGAGAAUGGGAGCUUGACUAUAUUUAACUUGGAGGACAGUGAUACUGGCAUAUACGUGUUACAGUACUUGGAUUCUCUGAAAACAAAUCAUGAAAGAACUUUCAUGCUUCUUGUGUUACGUCCCCCUUCAGAACCUAAAAUAAGUUGCAACAGCAGUGGUGAUAACCUUGUGUUAAAAUGUGCAGCAGAUUUCCAGAAGCCUCUGUAUUACACUUGGAAGUUUGAUGGCCAACCACUUAAUAUUCAGUCCCAGGAAGUUUCCAUCCCUGAAAACAGUGACACUCCCGAUAAAGUUACAUGUUCAAUUAAAUUCUCUCAAACGGAAAAGAGCUCUGAAAUCUCUUUGACUCAAUGCUUUCUAAAUAAAACAGGAGUUGGCUAUCACAAAAGAAGUCAUGGUGGUCUUGCUGUGGCUUUUGUUCUCCUAAUUGUAGGAGUUGUAGGAAUACUAGCAUUGCUUUGCAUAAGAGCUAUCUCUUCACAAGCUGUUGAAGGUGAGAAUGAAAAGCCUGAAGCAGACAAAGAAUUGAACAAGGACGACAAUCCCCUGAAAGACAAGCAGACGGUGGACAAUGAUGUAAAUCAGGAAG